AUGCCCUCGCAGAGAGUUAAAUACGCUCUUGCGCAUUUGUCGCGUAAGGAACACACCGCGCGAUUAGCGCGUCCAAAUUGGAGAAGGCUUCGCAAAAUCGAUACAGAUGUCCUGGCGAGCCCUUUUACAGUUCGACGCGCGGCUUUAAGGAGCCGCGCCUCCAAGCGCAUCCGGGUUAUGGCACAACCGAAAUUCGUAACUAAGAAAUAUGAUCCCGCCGUGGCACCACCCCCUUACCCGCGCAUUCAUCCGAAGACACUCGCGGCGAAAAGCAGCAGACGUAUCGUCGAUCUGGCGCUACCCAAAAGAAGAGUUCUGCUGGAGACGAUGAAAUUGGCAGCUACCAAAAACGUGAAGGCAACCGUGAGCGAUCUGCUGGCGAAGGUUCGAAAGUCGCGGUACCAGCGGUAUCGCGUAUUCUGCAACACGCGUCAAGAACGAGAAGCAAGGAAAAAGAGAAAACGAAUGGCCAAACUGCGCAAGGCUCUCACAAAACCGGAAGACUGGCAAAGGCACAUGCGGGUUCUAGAAAGACUGGCUGCGCCUAAAGUCGUCGUAAGGCCCAAAAAGAGGAAGCCCAUUAAGAAGAAAAAGAGGAGACCGAUCGACGUGGAGCGUAUGCACUUUUUGGCUCUACCGGCGAUCCGGGAAUUGCCGAAAAUCAAGGAUCCGUCGAAGGUGGCAGAGCGCGCGCUCACUUAUCGGAUCACGAAGCGGACGGAGAGACUCGCGGUUUUAAAAAAACGACCGGAAAUCCAAUUGCGAACGCCGGGCGCCGUUUCGCCAGUCGCGAUGAAAGCCAUCGGUAGUAUACGCACUUUUAUUCAACGGUGUAACCCAUUUAAUGCCACAGCUUCCGAGAGAAUAAUCGCUUUGGCGAAACCUGUUCAACGUCCUACGGGCAUACAGACGGACUUACGUGAGGACGCCUUCGUUGUCUCGCCGGCAGCGUUAAAGGCGAGGUGUUCCAAACGUCUCAAGAGUCUCGCCAAACCGAAGAAAUACCCUAAACCCGUCUUCAAGAGAUUGAAAACCGCGCUUAAACGAUGAAACGGCACGGGAAUAAUGGAGUAGAUACAUUUAUACAACUCACG